AUGGCAAACAAUACAGACAUUUUAUCAUUGCGAUCUGUCCUUGAGAAGGACAAGUUGAAUGGCUUGAACUUCCUUGACUGGUUCUCAGCUAAUGCCUCUAAAGCUGACAAUGUUGCUUAUAAGAAGCAUUUUGAUCACAUGUUAGACAUAGGAUGUCUAAUGCUUGCCACCAUAACUCCUAAGCUUCAAAAGCAAUAUGAGGAUAUGAUUGCCUAUGAUAUGAUCCAACAACUCAAGGAAUUAUAUAAAGGGAAAACACGUCAAGAGAGGUACGAGACCUUUAAAGCUCUAUUUCAAUGCAAAAUGGUAGAGGGAUCUCCUGUGGGAACUCAUGUUCUAAAGAUGAUAGGCUAUAUUGAAAGCCUUGAAAAACUAGGAUUCCCUUUAGGUGUGGAGUUGGCCACCGAUGUUAUCCUACAAUUGUUGCCAGAUAGUUUUAGCCAAUUUGUCCUUAAUUUCAGCUUGAAUAAGAUUAAUAAGACUUUGCCACAAUUACUCAACAUGUUAUGA